GCUCUGUGGCGAUUUACCGCGAUUUGUCGCGAUUUGUCCCGCCGGCCCCGCGGCUCCAGGCCCGCCCAUGGAGGCCGCGCCGCGGCUGAUGCCCGGGGUGGCCUUGGCGGGGUCUCUUCCGCCAGCGCCUCCCCCCGCUGCUGGCAGCAGCGGGGACCCGCCACCCUCAGGGCCGCCCUCAGGGCCACCCUCAGGGCCAGCGGCGCGGCCAGCGCAGCACGACACCGGCGAUGUCCUGCAGCAGAUCAUGGCCAUCACCGACCAGAGCUUGGAUGAGGCCCAGGCCAGGAAGCAUGCCCUGAACUGCCACAGGAUGAAGCCGGCCCUGUUCAGCGUCCUCUGUGAAAUCAAAGAAAAAACAGGUCUGGAUUUCUCCUUUUUGUUCCCAUUUUUUCCUCAAAUCGCGUGCAGCGAGUUCACCACGCACGUGCUGAACCUGCUGCGGGAGCAGAGCCGCACGCGGCCGAUCGCGCCCAAGGAGAUCGAGCGCAUGGUGGGCGUCAUCCACGGCAAGUUCAGCUCCAUCCAGGUGCAGCUCAAGCAGAGCACCUGCGAGGCCGUCAUGAUCCUCAGGUCCCGCUUCCUCGACGCCAGGCGGAAGCGGCGCAAUUUCAGCAAGCAGGCCACCGAGGUGCUGAACGAGUAUUUCUACUCCCACCUCAGCAACCCCUACCCCAGGGAAGAAUCCCUGGAAUUCCCUGCCCAGGUGUCCAACUGGUUCGGGAACAAGCGCAUCCGCUACAAGAAGAACAUGGGCAAGUUCCAGGAGGAGGCCAACAUCUACGCGGCCCGGGGCGCGGCGGAGGGGCCGCGGGGCCCCGCCCCCUGCUCGCCCAAUUCCGCUUCCUCUGGGUCUUUUAAGAUGACAAAUUCUGGGGAUUCCUUCCUCAACCUGCAGCCCUUGAAUUCCUACCAGAGCCCUCCCAACGCGCAGAGCCAGGCCAACGGCAGCUGGCAGGACGCCGCCACCCCCUCCUCCAUCACCUCCCCGGCCGCAGACCCCGGCAGCGUCAACUCCGAUGCCUCCAAUUAAAGAGAUUUUGGGACCUUUUGAGAGGAGAGAGGUCAAUUAACGUUAAUUAAUUAAUAUCGCUCUUGGGCCGAUGGAAUUAUUGACUCGCAAUGAAUGAAUUACCUCAGAACAAGCCAAUAGAUUGUGAUGGCAGCGCCACCUCUACCUCUCAGCGCCGACUCGGAAUUAUUUAUAAUUUCAUUUCGCCUCAGAAAAUUCAGGUUUUUUAAGGAAAAACUUUGGAUUUUACACGAAAAACCUGAAGAAGGAAAAAAAAAAAAAAACAACGUCUUGGCGUUCAUCUCUUGUUUUACAGCGGAAGAAAAUGGAUUUAUUUUUGUUUCCGUCCGGUUUUUUACGCUGGGAUUUCUGUUCUUGGUGAAUAGUUCCAGUUAAACACCCCAUAUUGUAAUUGGAUGUUCUCUGUAUUGUAAUUUUCUAUAGGAAAUUCAUUUUUUUUUAACUAAUUUAUCUCAUUAAUGGGAACAUUGCUUUACUAAACUUGUCGCUGGACGUCACACGCAGGUCAGACCUUCCCCUGGUGUCAUUCCAAGGGAUUUAAUAUCGGGAAAAUUCCAUGGCUUUACUUUUUCUGAUGAAAAAAUACAAAAAUAAAAAUAAACAACCCCCCAAAUUCACCACAAAACAGCCGAACCACAGGAUUUCCCCAUGGGAAUUCCAGGGGGUUUGUGCCGUUCUGGUGCUGUGCUCAGAGGCCGCCCGUUUCAGUUGAGAUUUUAUCAAAGAAAAUAAACUUCCAAAGCCUUU